UUACGCAAUCGUGCGGUUUCCAUGGAAAAUUGAGCGCGUAAAAAUCAUCACGCAGAUGUGAUUGCUUCGAGAUUAAGUAAAUAAGCGAUUACAAUCGCACUAUUAUUAUUAUUCAAAAAAAUAAUAAUAAUACAAGUGUGUAAGUUAAUAAAAAUAGUGUUUAUAAUAUAGUAAACAAAAAAAGUACAUUGUAUGUAGCUGAUAGUGUGUCUCGAGAGGAAAGAGACGAGAAAUGUCAAAAUGGCGUCACAUCAGGACGCUUGGUAUCUUUCAUUAUUGGGUUUAGCUGAAAAUUUUCGUACAUCAAACCCUCAAAAUAUAAAAGCUUGCAUACAAUGUUUGCAAGCUGUUUUUUUUUUCAAACCACCACCGAAAGUUGAAGCCAGGACACAUCUUCAACUUGGUAACAUUUUACUUACGCACACUAAAAACAUUGACCUGGCGCGAUCUCACCUGGAACAAGCGUGGGGACUAAGUCAAAAUAUGAAAACAUUUGAUGAUGUUAAAUUUGAAGCUGCCAGUAUUGUAGCGGAAUUAUAUAAACAACAGGACUCAAAUCAUUGUAUGCCAAUACUUAGAGAAGCAAUUAGACUUUCAACUCAAAAUGUUUACUGGCAUUGUAGACUUAUUUUUCAACUCGCACAAAUCCAUGCCUCCGAAAGAGAUUUUAUAGCAGCAAAUAGUUUACUAGAAAUGGGCAGCGAGUAUGCCCAAGUAAACAACGCCAAUUAUACCCGAGUUUUAUUUAUUUUAAGUCGGUGUAUGCUGUUGCUAAUCGACAAAAAAUUUUCCGAAGUUCAUCCGUUAUUCCACAUGGCCAGUCGGUACGUCGACGGCUGGGAGGGAAGUCAUUAUCAAAAAGAAUACCUCAAAGUAUACUUGUUAGUACUGCAAGUGUGUUAUUUCUUAAUGUUGGGUCAAGUGAAAAGUGUUAAAUUAUUUUUAAAACAAUUGCAACAAAGUAUACAGACAAUAAUGUCCCCAACUUGGCCGUCAGACGAAGUUGUUACCAGUGCGAGUACCAGCGACAUGUUUAUAUGGAUGCCAAAGGAACAUUUGUACGUUUUAGUUUAUCUUGUUACUGUAAUGCAUUCAAUGCAAGCCGGUUAUAUGGAGAAGGCCCAAAAAUAUACCGACAAAGCACUUACGCAAAUUCAAAAGCUUAAAAGUACUGACAACAAACCUAUACUAUCAGUCUUUCAACUCAUGCUACUAGAGCAUAUAGUGAUGUGUCGGCUAGUCAUGGGUAAUAAAAGUACUGCGCUCGCUGAAAUCGCCGAAGCCUGUCAGCUUUGCAGGACACAGCCUAAAUUAUUAAAAGGACAUGAAUCACAGCUACAUACUCUCCUUGGUCUCUACGCAAUGUCGAUGAAUUGCAUGGAGGCUGCUGAGGCGCAAUUUUCAGCGGCACUUCAAACAUCUCAGGAAAAAGAACUCUGUACGUUUGCGAAUCUUAAUUUGGCGAUUGUUUAUUUGAGAACGAAGAGAGAUAAAGAUCUCGGCAGUCUUAUGGAGAGAAUAAAUCCUGAAGCGUUACAUUCACACUCGCUGCAAGCUGCUGCUUAUUACGUACAAGGUCUACAGGCAUUUUUUGGCGCGAGAUACAACGAAGCUAAGAGAUACCUCAGGGAAACAUUAAAAAUGGCUAAUUCUGAGGAUCUUAAUAGACUCACAUCGUGUAGUUUAGUUCUUCUAGGUCAUAUUUUUUUAUCUCUUGGUAAUGAGCGUGAGUCGAUGAAUAUGGUCACCCCUGCUAAUCAGUUAGCUUCGAAAAUACCUGAUGUUCAUGUGCAAUUAUGGGCCACGGCGAUACUUAGAGAUUUGUACAGUAGAAACGGUGACCACAGCCAUGAAAACGAAGUGUAUCAAUUGCACUGUAGUUUUUCACAAACUUUACUGAAAGAUCAUUUUCAAAGUACCCAAAUGCCCGAGCACACACUUAUCCAAUGGACAACUGGUCCGAUUCCCGCGUUACCCAGUAAUCCACCAGCCUCGACAUCGCGAGCUAUUCUUUAAUAAUAAAACAUCAGUAAAUAAAAUACUAUAGUAUAUAACUUGCGAAUUUUACUUAAAUUCUCAAAGCGUAAGCUUUAAACUGCAAUGCAUAAAAAAUCGUUCCAUCAUAAAAACAAUUCGAAAUAAAUAGGAACGGUUACGAGGCAGCUUUACGCUCUUUUUUUUAAAAUAUUAUUUUAUUUUUUAAUUUAAAACAAACGCGUACAAAAUUAAAUACGUGGUCCAAUUUGAAUCGCGGAAACAGAGUGUCGAUAACUUUAUGUUUAAAUUAAAUGAAAUAUAAAUCUAUAUAUAUAAAUAUAUAUUUUUUUUUAAUAAUAAAUUAAUUUGAGUACGAGAACAUCUAGUACUGAUCUCUCCAUUGAAUAAAAUCCACUCUGUAUAUUAGUUAUGAGUCAACAAUAGAUUUAAGUCGUGUAAGUAAUAUAUAUAAUAAUAAUAAUAUUAAUUAACAGGACGAAAAAUAAAUAAUCAUAUAGCCUGACGCGAUUUUUACGUCUGUGGGGCCUUAAAUGCGAUUUAAUGUGCGUAUUAAAUACGAGAGUAUGAAUGACAAAAUGUAAAUAAUUUAAUCGUUUUAUUAUGAUGAGAUAACAUAAUAAUAAUAUUAAUAAAAACAAGACACAUUAAGGUCGUUCUCAGACAGUGCCCACACUUUUUAAAAAUUUUUAAUUACAACUGUCAUAAGCGCGUCAAAAGCGAAGCCAUGGACUGUAAAAAAAAAAAAAAAAAAACUAAAAAUAUGCACAUGUAGAAAAUUUAGAAAACUACAAGUGCAUUUUUUUAAAAUAUUUUUUUUUUACAGCCCAUCGUCCAGAAAAAAAAUUCAAAAAUUAUUAGACGUCAUCUAACUUCAGUAUCACGAGUUGAUAGACAGUUAAGAAUUUUUAGAUUUUUUUUCAAUAAAUAAAUUACAAAAAAAUAAAAAAUAAAAAUAUGCACAUGUAGAAAAUUUAAAAAACUAGAAAUACACUUUUAAAAAAUAUUUUUUUUUUAGUCGAUCGUUUUGAAAAAAACAUUCAAAAAUUAUUAGACGUCUCACUUCAGUAUCAUUAAGUUUGAAUAUUUUUAAAUAGUGGAGGGAGGCACUGUCUGAGAAUGGCCUUAAAUAAAUAAAAUGUUUAUAAUAAAAGGUCUAAUUAUAUUGAAAUGAAUUUUAUAAUAACUAAUUUUUAGCAAAGAGAUUAAUUGAAAGAUAAACUAAAUUCAGUUAUCGAUUGUUUUCCAGUUUUAAUUUAUAUACAUAUUAAUAUUAAUUAUAAAUAAUAAUAAUAAAUGUUAAUGAGUAGUGUGAUCUGGUGAAUGAAUGGUUCCUGAUUUAUCAAUCUUGUACAGGCUGUUUUAUCACAAAUGUAUGUAUUUUUUAAGAUAACAAAUGAAAAAUUAUCUCACUGUUA